GGAUAUCACUGAAUAAGCAACAUGAAGUAAAGAGAAAUAAGUGAAUGUAGGGUGGCAGUAAUUUUUUUCAUACACGUCUAAAUACUUUUAGCAAAUCCGUUUAAUUUAUUUACACAUAUUUAAUAAAAAGUUUAUUAAAAUGCAGUUUUAUAGCAGUCAAAAAUGCCGCUGCUUAGCAAUAUUUAUGGUAAUUUACGUUCUUUAUAAUCCUACCGAUUCGGGAGCGGUGGACAUGACCAGUGAAAACAUUGAUAUGACAUUAGCUUCCAACGAACUGGUUUUUCUUAAUUUCUAUGCCGAAUGGUGUCGAUUCAGUAAUCUCCUAGCGCCAAUUUUCAAUGAAGCCGCUGAUAAGGUCAAAGAGGCUUUCCCAGAAGCUGGAAAAGUUGUACUUGGCAGGGUCGAUUGUGAUCGUGAAACAUCAAUCGCAUCGCGUUUUCAUAUUACAAAAUACCCAACACUGAAAAUUAUACGUAAUGGUCAAUUAAGUAAACGCGAAUACCGGGGGCAACGUUCAGCAGAAGCGUUUUUAGAUUUUGUACGUAAACAGCUAGAGGAUCCUAUUAAAGAGUUCAAAUCGUUAAAGGAUUUAGAAAAUCUGGACUCAAGAAAACGUAUAAUUAUUGGAUACUUUGAUCGCCGUGAUCAACCAGAAUAUGACACUUUCCGUAAAGUGGCAACGAAUUUAAAAGAGGAUUGUCAAUUCCAUGUCGGUUUUGGUGAUGCUGCGCAGGCAAUGCAUCCACCAGCUGUGGAUGACAGCAACGAUAUAAAGCGAGGUAAUGCGAUUGACAAUUUAGCAUUAGGCAACCCCAUCAUUGUUUUCCGUCCCGAUGUUGCUUUAUCGCAUGAAAAUGAUGAAACCUACACGGGCAGUUUGAAAAACUUUGAUGAACUCAAAAUUUGGGUACAAGAAAAAUGUGUGCCAUUAGUGCGUGAAAUUACUUUUGAAAAUGCUGAGGAGUUGACCGAAGAAGGCUUACCAUUUUUGAUACUUUUCCAUAAGCCAGACGAUACCGAAGCUAUUAAAGAUUACAAGGCUAUUAUUGAAUCUCAAUUACUGGAUGAAAAACAGAAUAUCAAUUUCCUUACCGCAGACGGUCAACGUUUUGCUCAUCCCUUACAUCACUUGGGUAAAUCAGAAGAUGACUUGCCAUUGAUUGCUAUCGAUUCAUUCCGUCACAUGUAUAUGUUCCCCAAUUUCGCUGAUAUGUAUCAACCAGGAAAAUUGAAGCAAUUUUUACAAGAUUUGUAUAAUGGAAAGUUACACAGAGAAUUCCAUUACGGUCCUGAUCCAUCAGGUAAUGAAGUGCAAACGGAAGCUAUAGCGAAAGCAGGCAAAGGCACUUCACCGCCAGAAUCGAGUUUUAAGAAGUUGGGUCCAUCAAAGAAUCGUUAUACAUUAUUGCAUAAGGAUGAGCUGUAAAGCAUAUCGAUAGGCUCUAGGCUAAGCUUCCACUCCCCCACACACACACUUAUGCAAAUACCCAAGCAUACACUCGUGCAUGAAAAACAUGAGUUUGGCUUGGUGGUACACAAAAACACAUACACACAUGCAGACACCAGAGUUAAAUAAUGCCACAAUCAAUCGAAUCUAUUUAAAUCAAACAAUCAAUCACUAAUAUACAAAAAAACAACAGAAUAUGUAAGAAAUAUGUAUGAAAAUUUCAAUAACAUUAAAAUUGUCGUUUUGUUGCUUUUCUACUCAUACUUAUCGAUUGUUAAAGUAGAUAUUUUCUAAAAAAAAAAACAAAAAUAGUUAUCUAUUUUGUUCGAUUCUGCAUUGAUGAAAAGGUACAUACAUAAAAAUGCAAUUGUGAUUAUAUAUGUUUUUUAUAUUAAUUUUAAUAUAAAAAGUAAACUAAACUACUGAAAAAAGCGCUUGAUUUAUUUUGAAUGUACAUAUGUAUGUGAGCUACAUAAUUAUGAUUUUCCUUAAAAUUAUCUAUUUCAAUACUAGCUUUUAAUUGGAGUUCAUAAAGGACUAUAAAUAAUAAUUUUUUUUUGUAAUUACUACAGUGAAUUGUGUGUGUUUGCCUAAAUUUAAGCACUACUAUUCCGCUUAAUAUUACUACAAUAACUUUUCUCAAUAAAAUGUGAAUAAAAUUAAAUACCCACAAUAUCUAUCUGAAGUAAAUAAAUAUGAAAUUUGUAUGUGUAUAGCCGUGUGAAAUAAAACUAUGCAUAAUAACAAGAGUGCUGUGUUCCAUGCAAAAGUUUGUUUCGAAACUUGAAUGAUGAAAUAUAAGUUUUGAUUUAAUUUUAAACAUUUAAAUACUACCUGAAGCAUGAAAGGCUCAAGUUUUCCAGUUAUUGACGGAAUAGUGUACCAUGGCUUAAGUACAUUUUUUAAUUAUUAUAAACAACUUUCGAAAUUAAAUAUCAUAGUAUUUUUUUUAUUACUUCUACCUGAAGUGGAAUACUUGUUCAAACAUUUUUAGCUUUCAGAGCUGAUAUGAUGUUUGAACUUUAGUAUGCUUACUUAUGCAUUUUUGGUGAACAUUAAAAAUAAACUAAAGAAUUACAUUAAUAAA